AUGGCAACAACCGAUAUCCAAAUCCAAAUCCUUCAAACCGGAACCAUCACCGUCCGCCCAUCACUCUACACGCAGCCCCACACGCGCUCCCCCCUCCUCCGCCUCCUCCACAUCCUCACCGAUCGCCAAUGGCGCUCCCCCUCCCUGCCCGUCUACACGUUCCUCAUCACCCACCCCACCGAGGGCCGCAUCCUAUUUGACACUGGCAUGUCGCCCUCCUGCAACGGCCCCGGCUAUUUUGCUUGGUGGUUCCCGGCCAUAAAAUUCAUGUCCCGGCUCUCCAUCACCCCGGACCAGAGCAUCGGCACGCAGCUGCUUGAACGUGGCAUAGGUCCGGGCGAUCUCACAGCCGUGGUGCUGUCGCACCUGCACCACGACCACAGCGGCGGUCUGAGCGACGUAGCAGGCGCGCCCGUAUUGAUGAGUAAAGAGCACUGGGAAGCGUUCCAGUCCCCCACGGCGGCGACGCUGUCAGGGGCAGCGCCGAAUCACUGGCCGCGGGAUUUCGCGCCAGAUUUUCUGCAGGCAACGGGAGGGCCGGUGGGGCCGUUUGAGAAGAGCUAUCCGGUUACGGCGGAUGGGAGGGUGGUUGCUGUUGAGACGCCGGGACAUAUGCGGGGUCAUGUGUCGCUGGUCGUGUUUGGAGAUGAGGCGACGACGUAUUUUUUGACGGGCGAUGCGACGUAUGAUUUGGAGAGUUUGGAUGCGGAGGGGACGGAUGGCGCGAAUGAUGAUCCGGUGGGGGCGGUCGAGACGGUUAGGAAGAUUAAGCAGUUGGCGAGGGAGAGGCCGUUGGUUGUGCUGCCUUCUCAUGAUCUUGGGUCGAGGCAGAGGUUGGAAGAGAAGAUAGCGUAUAAGCCUUCCAACACGGGAUUCUAA